AUACACAAAAUAAUAAAAAAAAAAAACAAAGAAUGGGUUUUUAAUCCAAUUUGAUGGGGUCGAUAUCUGAUAAUUUCGCAGGGGAGAUUUUUUUUUUUUUUUUGGAGGAGAAAUUAUCCAAAAGUAUACGUCAUCCUGGAGUUUGAGAGUGAUUAAGAUAAUUUGUGUAGAUAGGAAUUAGGAUGCGAAGGAGACAAAAAUCGUGGUGUGUGGCGGUGGCAAUGGAGUCAGUUUCCGUUGGUCACGGAUUCUUUGCAACGAAUCAAAGGGAUCAUCAUCCCUUUAGAAUUAAACCAGCAGGACGAACGUUUCACUUGCAAACUGCUCGUUUUCGCUUUGGCUUCAUCAUCUCUUCUUCCAAGAAAUCCGAUUUUAAAGAUUUUCAGGGCUUUGCAAAACCUUCACGUCUUUUGCCAUCCACAGAACCGAAAGUCUGUACAGAGACCUUGGAAGAAAAGAUCUUUUCAUCUACCGGCUUGAACAGAGAUCGGUCUUUUUACAAGGUUAGGUUGCGGACAAGUAACAUGUAUGGCUCAAGUUUGAGUAAUGUAAAUGCUGGAAUACACUUGUGCUUGAUAGAUGAGAAAGGUGACUCAAUAUUACAGAGGAUACCUGCAUGUUUGUUAAUUGAACAUUCUGCAGAAUCAGAGAACAUGGUGGAGCCUGAAACUCUCUAUUUCCAAAGAGGUUCUGUUGAUCAAUAUAUCUUUGAGGGUGCAAAAUUGGGGAAGGUUCAAGCUCUUUGGAUCGGUGUUGAAUCAGGUCAAUGGAGAUUAGGAGGUGUCAACCUGAUCAUCAUUAAUGCAUCUCAAUAUUCCUUGGGUGAAGAUUAUGGAGAAAAUUUUGAAUAUGUUGGUGCUAAAUAUGACUUCAAAGUUGAUGAUAUCUUGCUUGGAGAGGGUGGUGACGAGUCCAUGGUGGAACUAAGACCUUGUCUCGUUACCGAGUUAUCUGGGCCAAAUGUCUUCGUGAUGUUGAGCGAGGGCUUUUCUCAAUCAACUUCACCCUUGAGUGACAGGAUAACUAAUGAGAAAAGUAUGAAGGAAUAUGCGGAUUUGAAGUUCUCUUUGUUACUUUAUGAUAGUGUUCUUAUACUUGUUGGUACAUUAUUUGCAUCCUUCUCAAUUGGGGAGAGUUCUGCUUUUGCAUUCUUACUCGGUGGGAUCACUGGUUUUCUAUAUUUGUUGCUAUUGCAAAGGUCUGUUGAUGGAUUACCAGCUUCAGAAUUAAUGUCCAAGAAUCCUGGAGAUGGAAUGGUCAGAUUUAGGGGUCCAAUAUCAAGGCUUGCUCUGGCGAUAGCACUUUCUUCAUUAGCAGUCAAGUAUAGCAUGGCAGAUGUUCCGAUUGUGUUGUCUCCGAAAGAACUUCUGGUUGGAAUGAUGGGAUUUCUUGUAUGCAAAGUUGCUGUGGUUUUGGCUGCAUUUAAGCCCCUGCCUGUGAGUAUUGAGGAGAGGAAGUGAUGCAUCCUUUUUCAUUCCUUUCUAGAGCGGAAUUGGUUACCUAAAUUAUACAUAAUCACUCAACUGUAGAUGUUGCAGUGAUCUAUGGGUACCCAUUACUUUUAACAGAAAUGAUGACAUGAAUACCAAAUGAUGACAUGAAUACCUUCACAGUUCCAUAUCAUUUUCUCUUGACAGAAAAGAUAUAAUAGUACACAACUUGCUUUGUUCUCUGGGUCGAUCAUGUGUCAUUAUUUGCCACAUUCCCCAUUCUAGCUCUAUUUUCUUAGCUUUUAUUUGGAAAAAC